GAAAAACCUUGGUGAUACCCCGAUCAGAAAGCUCGCUCGCGCCAUGGCGUCCCGCCGCUGAGCGGCCAGCGGAAUGAGUGAGGAGCCGAACUUGACGAUCCCAUGAGUGGGAAGACCUGGUUGGCGGCACGGCUGGCCAAUGCCUCCACCCUGCAGAGCUUAUGCGAGGCAGUGGAAUCUUCACCUCGAUACCUUUGGAGCUCUGAACUGCUUACCACCGCCUGGCACACGGCUGCCACGCUGACGACCAGUCCUGGGGUGAGGACCUCACUGCAGGCGGAGUCGUCCAGGCGGCUUUUGGUGCGGCUGCUGGCGGAGCAGCGGCGGUUGCGGCCAGACUUUGACGCGCGAAGCAUGGCGUGCAUGGUUUGGGCCUGGAGCAAGCUUCGGGUCAAAGAGAAGGACCUCAUGGACGAUCUCAGUGAGCGCUUUCCAGGACAAGUGCUUCAAUUCAGCACAAAGGAUCUUUCAAGGCUGAUCUAUGGCUUAGCUCAAUUGCGGCACCGUUCGGGACCCCUCGUCCCUGCAGCUGGCGAUGUGCUCGCGCAGCGGAUGGACGAGUCCAAUAGCCAAACUGUGGCGAAUGUGAGCUAUGCAUUUUGUUUGAUGAAGCUGAAGCACCGGAACUUCUUCACCAGCCUAGCUGAGAAGAUGCCUGAUCGCAUGAAUGAGUUCAAACCUCAAGAGCUCUCGAUCUUGGUCUACUCCUGUGCACUGCUUCGUGUCCGGAAUGACCGGUUGCUCGGAGCUGUGUGUGAAGAGGCUCGUGGACGUCUCUCGGAAUUCAGCCCACAGAACAUCUCCAACCUCCUCUACGGAGUGGGUUUGCUGCAAUUUCUCAGCCAACCCUUCUUGCAUGACACCUGCUCGUUCUCCUCCGUGCGGAUGAGUAGCUUCUCAGUGCAGGGCAUCUCCAACAUGACAUAUGCCUUGGGAUUGCUGGGCUACCAGCAUCCCAUGUUUCUCCGAUCGAUCUGUGGAAGUUUGCGUGUGGAUGAGCUGCUACCACAGCACAUUGGAAACAUGUCCUAUGCCCUGGGUCAAAUGGGCUUUCGACGCUGCCAGCCCCAUGAGCUCCGCUGCCGUGUGCAGCAAGCAGAUGAUUGCAUGGGCAAAACAGACGGCGCUUGCCAUGUGACCCCCCCAAUGAAGAAUUCCACCUGUCCACUACGAGAUAGAUACACUACAACCAC